AUGGCGCCAAAACAUCCCCGCGUCGGCAUCCUCGGCGGCGGCCAGUUAGGUCGCAUGCUGGUCAUGUCUGCUAACCAGCAUAGCAUUCCUGUCACUAUUCUGGACUCGCCCAAUGCGCCGGCGAAGCAGGUCUCGACGCACGCAGACCAUAUUGACGGCUCCUUUGCUGAUCCUUUGUCGGUGCGAGAGCUCGCUAACAACUGCGACGUCAUUACCGCAGAGAUUGAGCACGUCGACACCUAUGCCUUGGAAGAGGUUGAGAAGGAUACCGGGGGCAAGAUUAAGAUUGAGCCCUCUUGGAAGAGUAUCCGCAUCAUUCAGGAUAAAUUGACUCAAAAGGAGCACUUGGAGAAAGCUGGUAUCGCGCAGACAGAGUAUGUGUCCUUGCAGAAGGAGGGCGGCGAGGAGGGGGCCGAGGAGGAGCUUGAGAAGGUUGGUGAGAAGCUCGGGUAUCCCUUCAUGCUGAAGAGCAGGACUUUGGCAUAUGAUGGACGAGGAAACUUCGCUAUCAAGUCGAAGGAGGAUAUCCCUCAGGCCCUCAAGGACCUCAAAUCACGGCCCCUCUACGCUGAGAAAUGGGCCGAUUUCAAGAUGGAAUUGGCUGUGAUGGUCGUCAAGACAUCUUCGGGCGUCUACUCAUAUCCUACUGUUGAAACCGUGCAGGAGAACAGUAUCUGCAAACUUGUUUAUGCCCCUGCACGUAAUGUCUCUCCCGCUAUCAACAAGGCAGCCCAGAAGCUUGCCAGAGACGCCAUCGCCAGCUUUGAGGGGAAGGGCGUCUUUGGUGUCGAGAUGUUCUUGAUGCAAGACAAGUCCCUUCUCAUCUGUGAAAUCGCUUCCCGCGUUCACAAUUCCGGACACUACACGAUUGAGGCAUGUGAAUUGUCUCAAUUCGAUGCUCACCUUAGAGCUAUCUUGGAUCUCCCCAUCUCUGCAGAGAGCUUGGAGAUGCAAGUGCCCGCAGCUAUCAUGUUGAAUGUUCUCGGUGGAAAGGAACCUAGCAACCACCAUCGUCUAGAAGAACUCGCACUGAGCAUCCCUGGCGCAAGACUUCAUCCUUAUGGCAAGGGGGAUGGUCGUCCUGGCCGUAAGAUGGGCCACAUUACAGUGACUGGCCGCACUAUGAGCGAAGCUGAGCGCCGCUUGAAGCCUCUACUUGAGUUGAACAUUGAUAAUCCAGCACCUACAGCUGCCUCGGUGGUGCCCACACCAACUCGCGCCCCUGACCCCAACCAGCCAUCAUCUCUCAAGCGCCCUUCAUCGUCGCCCGUUGCAGUCAUCAUGGGUUCUGACUCCGACCUCAAAACUCUUGUGCCUGGACUGCAACUCCUCAAGGACCACUUCGCCAUUGUUCCGGAGGUCGAAAUCACCUCUGCGCAUCGUACCCCACUCUACAUGACGCAGUACUGCCAGGCUGCCGCCGGGCGUGGUAUCAAGGUCAUCAUUGCUGCUGCUGGAGGUGCCGCUCAUCUGCCUGGCAUGGCUGCUGCCAACACCACUUUGCCGGUCGUUGGUCUUCCCGUAAAGGGAAGCAGCUUGGACGGCGUCGACAGCUUGCACAGUAUCGUGCAGAUGCCUCGUGGUGUCCCCGUCGCGACUGUCGGUAUCAAUAACUCCGUCAAUGCCGCAUUGCUCGCGAUGAGAAUCUUGAGCGUUGCAGACGACACGAUUGGUAAGAUGUUGGCGCAGUAUGCCACUGCUGCAAGAGAUGAGAACUUGGAUGUUAAGGGCCCGAGGAUGCGGGAGAUUGGAUGGGAAGCAUACUGGGAAGAGAUGCAGGGGAAAUAA